ACCCACAAUGCACUGGAGCGUUGACCUCACCAAAAAGCGGUCGUCUGCAAUGUGACUGUCUGAAUAGGUACCAACAACAAUAUCAUUGGCAUUGACCGCCGAGAAGGGGACGACACUUUGAAUUGACAGUAGAUAAAGGUAGAGUAUGAAAGCAGACGAUUCUAGAAUGCAUGGCAGUGGAUCCUCAGGCAAGGCCCCUGACGAGGCAGACAUCAAAUAUACCGAUCCUGUACACAGCCCAAUCCAAACUCAAGAUGACAAAUUUGAAUUUCAACUCAAGAGGGCGGCAUCACGUUACGUCACAGUUGAAAUCCCCGUUGCCCUCACAUGCCUGACAUAUCAGUUGAUAUCAACGAUGAAGGCUGAAUAUCUCCACGAUAGAAUCUCAGUGAAAUACAAUCAGUCGCUAGUCAAAAACAACUCCGCCUCAUCAACGUGUGGAACGAACUCGACCUCAAACCAAAGUCACAUUGAUGACGUCAUUCAAGCAGAAACAGCAACAUGGCUCCUCUAUCUGGGCCUUGCAUAUGCCGUACCCGGUGUCAUCAUGGCUAUUUUUGUCGGAUCUCUGAGCGAUCGGUUCGGUCGCAAACCGGCUUUCUGUCUGAACAUCACCGGUUACUGCUUGUUAUGCGGGAUUUACUUGGGUAUCGUCUACUUUCAAGCUCCGAUGGAGUACUUGCUCAUAGGAGACUUUAUUUUGGGCGCAACCGGGGGACAGGCCCUACUUCUGUCGACGGGUGUGGCUUAUAUAGCGGAUGUGACGUCAGUAAAGUCCAGAACUACUCGAGUCGUCACAUUGGAGACGAUAUUUUUUGUUGGCAUGGGUGUCGGUCAGAUAUCCCUCGGGGUCGCUUUGCAAUACAGUCCGGAUCAGUCUUUUCAGAAGUACAUAGCGCCAAUCUGCCUCGCUCUCGGAUGCUCAGUGACGUCACUGGCCUAUGUCGCUCUGCCCAAUAUACUGAUCGAGACAGUAGAUAGGAAGAAAGCAAGUAACGGUGUUGGAGUGAAGGAGUUGAUUUCCGGUGUUAUUGAUAUACUGAGGAUUAACACCAACGAUCGUCGGCUGAAAGUAAUCAUGUAUACCAUCGUAAUGAUAAGCAUUAUAAUCACUGCAAGAGUGCAGACACAAUUAGUAGUGGUCUAUGCUCUUGGUGUGCCGUUCUGCCUCAGCCCUUUGAUGGUAUCCGUCAUGAACAUCGUAGGACUAGCUAUCCAAAGUAUAGGUAUGAUAUUUUGCGCUGCCCUAGUAAGUCGUUUUCUGAGUGAAAACUGGAUCCUUCAGCUUAGUUUUAUAAAUGCCACCGUCCUGUUUCUCAUCGUUGCUCUUGCCCAGAAAGGUUAUCAACUAUUCAUUGGUUCUGGUGUUGGUCUCUUUAAUGCGAUUUGUUUCCCGGUGAUACGAUCUCAACUUUCCAAGCUUGCGAGAGAGGAUGAAAAAGGUCUAAUGUUAGCGUUUGUCGGCUGUAUGGACAGCAUAGGAACAUUAUUGACCCCCGUCAUAGCGAACAACAUCUACUCCGCAACCGUCUCGUUCUAUCCUCCCUUGGUGUUUUUCUUCACGUCUGCGUUCCAGAUUAUCCCUGCAACCUGCGUUGGCGUUCUUCAAUGUAGGCAGACGCAAGAAUCCAAGUAUCACGUGGUUAAUCACGUGGACGAAGAACAAGACAAAGCUUCGUGACGUCACAUUAGUGACCAACUUUGAUGUAAUGUUGUUGCGUUCCGAUGGCGUGUCUGCUUUUUAACGACUAUGAAAACCUCACCUGUGCAUUCCACAUGUUAUCGAGGCUUUUAAUCUAGGAUUGCUUAAAAGUUUAAUCACGUGAUUAAUAUUUUACCUCGGUCUCCAGAGAGCAAUGGUGAUUCGUCAAAAGUUUGGUUUUGUUUAAUGACUUUUCCCCCCUUUAUUUUGAAAGAUAUAACUACUAGAUUAUCUUUUCCCCUUUUGGUAACAAGGUUUUAUUAAUUUUAUUCGAGCGAAAUUAAAUCAUUGUACGCUCCCGGAACAAUGAAUUUUAUGAUGAAUUAUUGGGUCAGUUUUUACUCCUCAAAAUGGCAACAUUAUUUGUCUUCUUCUUCGUAUCCUUCCAACGCAUUUACCUUUUGAAGAGGAAGCGAACUACGUGGUCUUUCAUUCACUGUUUGUUACAAAUAGGAAAAUAGCUAUAGAUAUACCUUUUGGGAUAAC